AUGGCCCCAAAAAGCAGCAACAAGAAGAAAUCGGCUUCGACUGCCGUUCCAACUGCGGUUCCAGCUCAACAACCAGCCGAAGCUCAGCCAUCGACAUCUGGAUCCAAGAAGGGUGCCAAGAAACGCGAUGAAGCCAGUCUUCUCUCAAUCGUCAACCCAAAGUUCAAUCUGUUGGACAGAAAGACCAAGAGAGCCGUCGCUGCACAGCCAAAGGACUACAAGCUCGGCAAUGUCUCAGCUCCAAAGUCAAAGAAGAUUGCAAAGACUGGCCAGCCGAAGGCCAAGAAGGCAACAGUCUCGAAAAGUCAGAAGAAAGGUCAGAAGAAAGAGUAA